AUGAUUAUGGCUUUUCGAGCACGAUCAGUGGCUCUCUUUCGCUGGGGCCACGGUCCUCGCUCAAGGAUGCUAUGUAGAGGCCGUGGUUUGGCUACGGUCUCCGAGGGCGCGAGACCAUACGACGUCGUUGUUAUCGGAGGUGGCCACGCAGGCUCCGAAGCCUGCGCCGCUGCAGCCCGUUCCGGAGCUCGAACCGCACUCGUCACGCCCUCGCUCUCGAACAUCGGCGUCUGCUCGUGCAAUCCUAGUUUCGGAGGAAUUGGAAAGGGCACAAUGAUACGAGAAGUCGACGCAAUGGAUGGAGUUGCCGGCCGGGUCAUCGACAAAGCGGGUAUUAUGUUUCGGAUGCUGAAUAGGAAACAAGGCCCUGCGGUUUGGGGUCCCCGCGCGCAGAUCGAUCGUGAUUUGUACAAAAGGUAUAUGCAGGAGGAGCUUCUUGGGAUGGAGGGAUUGAGCGUUGUGGAGGGGAAGGUGGCAGAUAUCGUGGUUUCUAAGGAGGGAAUGGAGGAUGCUCCCGGGGCGCAGGGCAAGAUUGUCGGGGUUAGGUUGGAGUCUGGGGAGGUCAUUCCUACUGGGAGGGUUGUUAUUACGACUGGGACUUUCCUCGGUGGGGAGAUUCAUAUUGGGCUUGAUGUUUUCCCGUCAGGGCGUAUGGGAGAAGCUGCGACGUUUGGAUUAAGCAAGUCUCUUUGUGAGGCUGGCUUCCAAUUAGGACGAUUAAAGACAGGAACUCCGCCACGAUUGGACUCGAAGACGAUCGACUAUGCACCUCUGGAGGUCCAGAAAGCCGAUUCGCCGCCGCAGCCGUUUUCUUAUCUGAAUAAAACUGUGCAGGUUGGUGACGAAGGUCAGCUCACAUGUUGGAUCACCUACACCAACGAAGCUGCCCACGAUAUCAUCCGCGCCAACCUGGACAAGUCCGUCCACAUUCGUGAAACAGUCAGAGGACCUCGGUACUGUCCAUCCCUAGAAUCGAAAAUCAUUCGGUUCCACGACAAGAAGCGGCAUUUGAUUUGGCUGGAACCGGAAGGGUUCGCGCCUAAUGAUGUUAUCUAUCCGAACGGUAUUUCGAUGACUGUUCCCGCAGAUGCGCAGUACAAGAUGCUCCGGAAGGUUCGUGGCUUGGAGAAUGUGACCAUGCUCCAACCAGGUUACGGAGUUGAAUACGACUACAUCGAUCCCCGCAAUCUCAAGCCAACGCUCGAAACGAAACUGAUUAGCGGUCUCUACCUUGCCGGACAAAUCAACGGUACAACAGGCUACGAAGAAGCAGCCGGACAAGGUAUCAUCGCCGGAAGCAACGCCGGUCUAGACGCCCAAGGCCGAGCACCACUCACUCUAGGCCGCUCCGACGGCUUCAUCGGCAUCAUGAUCGAUGAUCUCAUCACCAAGGGCGUAUCCGAACCCUACCGCAUGUUCACCACCCGAAGCGAAUACCGCAUCUCCAGCCGCGCAGACAACGCCGAUCUCCGUCUAACCCGCAAGGCCCGCGACGCCGGCAUCGUCACAGACAAGCGCUGGCGCCAUUUCAGCGACACAGAAGGCCAAAUCGGUGAACUCAUGGACCUGCUCGGGAACACGCGCCUUACGUCCAACGCCUGGUCCCGCAAGGGUUUCGGCGUGCGCGCUGAUACGUCCACCCGCUCCGCACUUGACAUCCUUGCCCUGCCGAACAUCGAAGUCGACUCCCUCAUCCCCCAUAUCACCUCGGCCUCCGGAACCGCAUAUACAGCCUCAUCCUUCGCUCCUGAAAUCCGCGACCGCGUCGGCAUCGAAGGCCGCUACGCACCAUACGUCAAACGCCAGGAAACAAUGGCAAGAAAAUACCAACAUGACGAGAAUCUAACCCUCCCGACUAAUCUCGAUUACUCGAAGAUCCGGGGUAUCAGCACCGAGGAACGCCAUGCGCUGGAGCGCGUGCGGCCUGUUAACAUCGGCAUGGCGAGACGGAUUGAAGGCGUUACGCCGGCUGGUGCGUUGCAGUUGGUCUUUCAUUUGAAGAAAUUCGGAGGGAAGAAGGGGCUCGCGGAGAGGGAUGCUGAGGGUGUGACGGAGGAGGUUUUGGGGGCUGCUCCUUGA